AUGACUGACGCAGCCGUCGAGGCUGCUCUGGCGAGCACAACCGAAGCCCCUACACCUGCACCCACCUUUGAAGGAGAGAACAAGUUUCAGCAUGCGAUAUCAGCAUGGAGAACCAUCGAUCUCACAACCCUAGUCUCGACUCUCGACAAUACAGCUUCAGACAUUGUCGCAUACCAGCGGGACUCAACUGUCCAACGUAAAGAACUCGCCCAAAAGACCAAAGAAUUCCGGAAGCUCGAUGAUUCGGCCAAGCUUACAGAAAUCAAGGGGCUAUUGAAAUCCUAUCAGACCUUUAUCGACCUCCUUACGAACCACUCCAAGUCUGUGAACUCGGCAUUUCUUCAAACAUAUGCAUCUUUCUCUGAUGCUCCCGAUCCGUAUCCACUUCUUGAGGCCUCAGUUGAUUCUAUGCUCUUGUCCGAAGAUACCUUACCAAAGAUUACCGAAGAAAACCAGCACCUCCAAGAGAACGUCUCGAAACUUUCAAGUCAAUUGGAAGAGACCGAAUCAAAGCUCCAGAAUGAACGAAAGGUUCGAAGAGAGCUGGAGGACAACCUAGAGAAACGUGUUAAGGAAGUUGAGACGUCAUGGAACGCUGUGCUAGAGGAGAAGACAGAUAACUGGGAGGCCAAGGAGAAGGCAUUGGAAGAUAAGCUGGAGAAGCAGGAGCGUCUUCUGACCGAGAUGCGCGCAAGUUAUGAGGUUAAUCAGCGCCUGGGCAAGAAUGGCGACGACCAGGAGGCUCAUCGCAACAAUGUUUCGAGCGCUGAGCUUGAGAUGCUCCAUGCAGAUUUGGAUCGCACAAGCUCUCGCCUAGCCGAGGUUGAGGCACGAAACGAACAAAUGCGACUGGAGCUGGCACAAGCCAAGUCAUCAGCCCAACAGCAACCUGAGACAAGUCUUGAGGACGAUCCUGGAUAUAUGCGUGUGAGGUCAGAGAACCAGUCCAUGAUCCGCAAGCUGGAUGCCGCUCGUGUGGAGAAGGAGGGUCUCAAACGAGAACUGGAUGGCAAGUUGCGAUCUAUUGAAAGAGAGGUGAACAUUCUCAAGGAGGAGAGGGAUACCUUGAAGAGCAAGGUUCAAAAAUGGAGUGACUACGAGGAUAUCAAGCAGGAGCUUGAGGUUCUCAAAAGUAUUGAGUUCUCCACAGGUGAUGAUGACGAAGUAAGAGAGCACCUUGAGGCAAAGGAUGCGGAGGGUAAUUCUCUGGAGAAGCUUCUCUUGGCGCGAAACAAGAAGUUGGGCGAUGAGUUGACGGUGCUACGUGUUUCGCAUAACGAUUUGCAAAGUCAAUUGGAGGAUCUUCAAGAGGAACUCUCGAAAACUAACGCCGAAUUGGAGAGAGCCCAGAAGCUCAACCAGAAACUGGAGAGUGAUUUGGAGGCAAUCCAAGAAGAGGGUGCCAACGCAUUCCCAUCUGGUGCAUCUGUAGCUGGAACAUAUGUCACCCGGGCAAUGGGCCGCAAGAGUGGCAGAAUCUCACCAACAUCAUCAAUCAUUAGUGGUAUGGAUCCUCGCAUGGGAGGAGGCGAGCCCGGCGAACGAGUCUAUGGAGGAGGCUCGGGCAUGUUGCCCAUGGUCACGGCCCAGCGAGACCGUUACAAGAAGAAGAAUGCAGAACUUGAGGAAGAACUGUCAGAUACGCACCGAACAGUCUCGCAGCUUCGCCAGGAAGUCGCAGCGCUUCAGAAGGAUAACCUGAAUCUCUACGAGAAGACAAGAUAUGUUUCGACAUACAACCGAGGAGGAGGUGCAGCGACAUCGUCGGCGUACGGGGCGAAUCCAAACCCAUCAACAGUGUCGAUUGGCGAAACGGGCAAUCCUGGUAUCGCUAUGGACCGAUACCGCCAGGCAUACGAGUCCAAUAUUUCUCCGUUUGCAGCUUUCCGUGGGCGAGAGUCUGCUCGAGCCUACAAACGGAUGAGUCUACCAGAACGCGCAGUCUACUCAUUGACGCGCACAGUACUUGCUUCGCGAACUAGCCGAAACUUGUUUGCUGCAUACUGCGUAGCACUCCAUUUGCUGGUGUUUGUAACAUUGUAUUGGCUCAGUUCGUCAGAUGUCCAGCGGGUAACCCAUCUUGAGUCCGCCGCGGCAGCGGCAGCUGGAGUUGCCGGGGCCUCACUUGGCAGUCCAAUGGACGGGGCGCCUAAAGAUCCUGCCAAGUAG